AUGGGUACGGAGAGGCAGCUAAAAUCUCAGGGCCAAUGGAAUCUGCCUGGAUUACAAAGAACUAAGGUAACGAUCUGUACCUACAAUGUACGUAAACUUGCAUCCGAGUCCUCGAUAGAAGACUUGCUCAUGCAAGCAAGAAGGAUAAAAGAUGACGUCAUCGACCUGGCCGAGACAAGAAGACGCCAGUCUUUCAACGCCGUCUAUGACACCGGAGAAGAACUGUUUCUCGGAACCUGCGACAGUAGAGGAGUCGGCGGCGUCGGCGUUCCCGUCAACACGAGAUUGUCCAUGAACAUCGAUUCAUUCGAACAACUUACAACCCGAAUCGGACGUUUACGAUUAAAAAGACGUGGAUCAAUUCCGGCUAUUGACAACCUUGGUCGUUUACGCGCCGACAUCAAACUAUGA